AGAGUUGGGCCUAAAUGAGCACCAUCAAAAUGAAGUUAUUAAUUAUAUGCGUUUUGCUCGUUCAAAAAGAGGCUUGAGACUCAAAACUGUAGAUUCCUGCUUCCAAGACCUCAAGGAGAGCAGGCUGGUGGACGAGACCUUCACCAUAGAUGAAGUCUCCGAGGUUCUGAGCGGGUUGCAGGCUGUGGUUCACAGCGAGGUGGAGUCGGAGCUCAUCAACACGGCUUACACCAAUGUGUUACUCCUGCGGCAGCUUUUCUCGCAAGCUGAGAAGUGGUACCUCAAGCUGCAAACAGAUAUCUCUGAGCUUGAAAACAGGGAAUUACUAGAACAAGUUGCAGAAUUUGAAAAGGCAGAAUUUACAUCUUCCACUAAAAAGCCCAUCAUAGACAUCAUAAAGCCAAAACUUGCUCCACUUAACGAGGGAGGAACAGCAGAGCUCCUGAACAAGGAAAUUUUAAGGCUUCAAGAAGAGAAUGAGAAACUGAAGUCCAGGCUGAAGACCAUCGAAAUGCAGGCUAUGAACGUGCUGGGCGAGAAGUCGGAGCUGGAGAGGGCGCUGCGAGACUUACAGCUGGACCGGGGCAACCAGAAGGAUUUUAUAAAGGCCCAAGACUUGAGUGACUUGGAAAACACAGUUGCCGCUUUAAAGAGUGAGUUUCAGAAGACACUCAGCGACAAGACAGAAAACCAGAAGUGUCUGGAGGAGAGUCUAGCGACGGCCAAGCACGACCUGCUCAGGGUUCAGGAGCAGCUGAGCAUGGCUGAAAAGGAAUUAGAGAAGAAAUUCCAGCAAACAGCAGCCUACCGGAACAUGAAAGAGAUUCUAACCAAGAAGAACGACCAAAUCAAAGACCUGAGGAAAAGACUGGCAAAAUAUGAACCCGAAGAUUAAAAGCUGAAGGUCUCAUCCGGAAGUUGCCGGAGUGUGAACACCAGCUGUUCUCACCUCAGGCAUGUAUUUGGAGAAGUUUGUUGUAUUCCCUCUUUACGUUUCUAAUGUUUAGACUUUGCUCCGGCUGUUUAAACUGGAGUUCCUGUUUUCAGUUGCCUAAGGACAGCCUGGCUCUGGCCGUUGUCCCAAACCCCUCUCUGCGGAGUGCUCCCGGGCCUUGGCUCACAUGCACCGAGUCCCUCACAGUAAAGAGAUGUUUAGCGGGAAGAAGGGUCUCAACCUUUGCAAUCCUCUGAGGAGAACCCCCUUUUAGCAAAUGUUAAAGCGAGCAAUCUCCCUACCUGUGCAUUCCCAGGGCAAAUACAGAUACAGAGUUAUUGAAGACAUUACAAAUAAACCUUAUUUUUUAAAAUGAAA